AUGGAUGAUUACGAUGAUUACGAUGUUGAUUGGGUGUGGGCCAAUGCAGGAGCCUUUGUCUCCUCCCGAGGUAAGACUCCGAUAAUGUUGCAGGUUGAUGCCUCAGCUCCGAACCGUCCGGUCGGUUAUAGACCAAAACCUCUAACAUGUUUCUGCUGUGGCAGCACAGGGCAUGUGGCCAAGUUUUGCAGGCAGAAGUUGGAAAUGAAGCAGGCCAAUAGGAACCAGAUGCGUCGACGCUCUGAUGGCUAUAGGCCAAGGCCCCAACCUUCGUUCUCUCCAAUUUUCUCCAUUACGACCGAUACAGGAAGUGCUCUUGUUGAGGAUUCAUCUGCAACUGUGCUGACACCAGAAAUUUCGGGUGUCAACCCUCAAUUGUGGGCGAAACACAAAGAUGACAAUUGUCAAUACACGUGGACGAGACUCCCUCAAGGGUUCAGAGAUUCUCCGGCUGUCUUCUCCUCAGUAGUGCACGAUACACUGAAAGAUGUCAAACUCCCACCAGACACCUGCUUGCUCCAAUAUGCUGAUGACAUUCUGGUCACUGGUGCCUCUGAGGACAUGUGUGCUGCUGCCUCAAAGAUUGUGUGCAACAUUCUAGCUGAAGCUGGAUUCAAGGCAUCUAAAGAGAAACUUCAAUGGGUGCAGAGGAAGGUCACUUACCUCGGACAUGAACUGUCACAAGGCAAAGUUCGUCUGUCUGCGGACAGGAUCAAAGCCAUUGCUACAUUCAAGCAUCCAUCCACACGGAAGCAAAUGCAAAGCUUUCUGGGACUGGUCAAUUACUGUCGCCUGUGGGUGCCUAACUGUUCCAAGUAUGACAAAAUCCUGCGUGAAGCUACGCUGGGUGACAUGGAGGACAUUACAUGGACAAGUGAGAUGAAUCAAGCAUUCAGACAUUUGAAAUCCUCACUCUUAAGGCCGCCUGCCCUCGGCCUACCUUGUUACACCCAAGACUUUCAUUUGUACGUGUACGAAAACGGAGGCACAGCCGCUGCAAUCCUGGCCCAAGAGCAUGGGGGCACUUUCCGUCCAGUAGCUUAUUUAUCUAAGACCCUGGAUUCAGUAGCCAGGGGACUCCCAGCCUGUUUGCGUGCAGUGGCCGCCACAGCUGUCAUGAUACAAGAUGCUGAAAAAGUUGUUUUAUCGCAUCCACUCAUUGUGCAUGUCUCUCAUCAGGUAGGAGCCAUCAUGCAUAACAUUUCUACUCAACACAUGACUGCCCAACGCCGUUCAGGCUAUGAGGCUAUUUUGUUAGCAACUGCUAAUUUAACGUUGAAAGUAACUUCUGUUCUUCAUGGCCCUACUGUACAUUUGCACAGAUUGCUGACGCAAGGUGAAUUUGAGAGUGACGACCAUGACUGCCUGACCAGGAUCCAAACUUCUACUGCCUGCAGGCCAGACGUUUCUACGUCUGUCCUGGAGGAGGGAAAGCAUUGGUAUAUUGAUGGAUCCUGCUUUAAGCCAAAUGACAGUACAUAUUUGUGUGGUUACGCUAUUGUUGAAUUACCUGAUAAAGUAAUUGAAGCGCAUUCACUGCCAUAUAAAUCAGCACAAGUUGCAGAACUGAUUGCAUUAACAAGAGCUUGUCAAUUGGCUAAAGGUCAGUGCAUCAAUAUAUACACUGACUCCAAAUAUGCGUACGGUGUAGUCCAUGAUUUUGCUAAAUUAUGGGAGGAAAGAAACUUCAAAACCUCCGACGGAAAACCAAUUUCGCAUCAUAAUGUUGUGGCUGAACUGAUUAGUGCAGCACAGCAACCAUUGAAGCUUGCAGUUAUUAAAGUAGCUGGUCAUAAAACAGGUGAAUCUGAUGAAGCCAAAGGAAACAGAUUUGCAGAUGAAGUAGCAAAAUGGGCAGCCAAUGAAGUGAAACCAGAUCAAGCUGGUAUUUUAAGAGAUAAGCAAGGUAGAAUCGCACUACCAGCAUCCACAGUUGUAAUGCUGUGCAGACAUUAUCAUGGUGUAUCACAUGUGUCGAAAGAGAAAGUGAUACAAAAUUUGAAUCGAUCAUACUGCAUAGCCAAUGUUCGAAGAAAUACUUUGUUGAUAUUGGAUGCUUGUCUAGUGUGUGCUCAAACCAACAGGCACAAGGCAAUCCGCCAUGAUGCUUUACCGCAUCCAGAACUUCCGUUCCAAUAUUUACAGAUUGAUUUUACACACAUGCCUCCAUGUGGAAAUCACAAGUAUUUGCUUGUGAUUAUUGAUCGAUUUACUAAGUGGCCUGAAGCUUUUCCAUGUGGAAAAGAAGACGCGAAGACAGUAGUAAAGAUUCUUGCAAAAGAAAUUAUACCGCGCUUCGGUAUUCCGACCGUGAUAGCAAGCGACAAUGGAACUCCGUUCACUUCUAAAGUUACACAAUUAUUAGCUAAAGAGCUGAAAAUUAAUUGGCAUUUCCAUAUUCCGUACCAUCCGGAAUCUUGUUCGAACGCCGAACGACUUAAUAAAACGAUAAAAGAACGUCUAAAUAAAGCGUGUCUAGAUACGGGAAGAAAUUGGGUUGAUUUGUUGCCUGCCGUACUGACGGAAAUAAGAAUGUCUCCGUCAGCCACUACAAAAAUGUCUCCAUUUGAAAUUCUCAUGGGUAGACCUUUCCCGACCCCUUGGGUCAGAGGUCGCGCUGGCAAUCUUUCCACAGGUGACACGGAGGUGAUCAUCGCAGAUUAUGUGGAUUCCCUUGUUAGAACGUUAAAUGGCAUAAAUGGUGAUGUUUCUCUCUCUCUCCCUCUUCCCUCAGAAAAGCCAACUCAUCCCUUUGUUCCAGGACAGUCGGUGUUGGUGAAGUGUCUAAAACCCACAAAGCUUGGGGAAGCGAAUUAUCUUGGGCCUGCCACCGUGAUCGCUGUGACAAGGACCGGUGUUCUGACUGACCUCCAGCCGCAGUGGAUCCAUGCUAGCAGAGUGAAGGCAGCCCCGUCCCCAGGGAGCGCAUAAGCCUAUGUGGAGGUGGAUAUCCAGCACUUAUCGAAAGGAGAACGAGGAAGAGAAGUAGACGAAAAAAGAAAAAAAAGAAAAACGAGAUUGCUGAUUGAAGUUAGCAAUAAGUAUCAUUGAGUCCAUCAAGUCAUGUUUGCACAGUCGCUUUUAUACCUGAUUGUGCUAAAAAAUCUGCUAAUUUACACACAAGCGCUUAUAAGCAGUGGUAAUGAAACUUGGUUGGAUCAUACAGAUGAACCACAUGCGUUUGCCUCCAAUAUGUGGUGGAGGUUAGCCAACUUCACUGCUAAGUCAACAGGAAAAAAGAGUGACUGUUAUGUUUGUACAAAAAUGCCACAAAGUGCGUCUGGACCUCAUGUAAGUGUUAAAUCACCAAAGACAGACGGAGAGCUGUUUUGUCCUUUAUUUCUUAGUACUGUGGGAGCGAUUGCACCUCAAAAUUCAACUGUGAACUGGACUUGUCCUGAUAACAGGAAACUGACAGUUGCAGUACAAGUACAUGCUAAAGUGGCAACUGUAGGUCCCAUUCCCGACUCAUUGUUAUGUAUUGAAAGAAAAGUAGGAGCCGCAGUACUUGGUUCAAUUCCUGAAGGUAAAUGUAAUCAAAUGUAUCGCCGUUGUGAAGUACGAAAUACAGCCUGUUGUCUUAGCUGUUUGGAAGGGGAAGGAAAAUUUAACUUGGAAGAUUGUUUAAAAAGGUCUCCUCUUCCAAUUUCAGCUACGGUUGCUUAUGCCAGAGCAACACCUGAGCUUCAAGAGUUAUGUGAUGAGUAUUGUGGACUGUACGCCGGUAAAAAUUGUAAUAGGUAUGUUCCAUCUGUAAAAGGAACCAGAGCUUUGAAAGACUGGUUCUGGUUAUGUGGACACGGGGUUUAUACCUCGCUACCAUUCAAUUGGAGUGGACGAUGUGCUUUAGUAACUUUAGAGGAAUAUUCUAUGAUCAUUAGACCACACAGGUAUGACAAUGUGACUAACCAACGAAACACACGCUCCCUCUCUGACCGCAGCUCAACUAGUAGUUUGGGAAGAGACAAUCCAGUCCCCAAAGAACACAGAUUAUGGACUGGUAUGGAAAGAUUCUUUGAAAGUAUAUUCCCAUCAAUAGGAGUUGGUAGUCUUCAAGUUGAAGUAGAAGUUACAAGAUAUGAAUUGAUUUCCUUUAUUAAAACGACAAAAGCCACCUUAGAAGGUGUCCGAGAGGAGCUUCGAGCUCUUCGUUUAACUGCUUUACAGAAUCGUUUGGUUCUGGAUCAACUUACAGCUGCACGGGGUGGAGUCUGUGUGAUCGUUGGAAUUUCUUGUUGUACGUAUAUACCAGAAAAUGAUGAAGAUGGUCAUAUCAUAGCUGAUGGAAUAAACAAUAUGACAAGAAUUGCUGAUGAAUUACAAAGAAGAGAAGUGAGUGAUAGAGGUGGUUUUGGAGAUUGGAUUACGAGUUGGAAACAAAUGCUUGUAUCGGCCUUAAUACCAAUAGGAGUUAUCCUAUUAAUCCUUGCAUUUAUUGUUUGCUGUAUUAUCCCAUUUAUUAGGAUGUUGAUUUAUCGUGCUAUGAAUACUUUCGUAUCCUCUCAAUAUUCUCUAGCGAAUAGAACUAUCAAGUAUUAAUGAUUUGAAGGAAAUGUUUGAUUGAAGGAUUUUUUCGUGUAUUAUUCUGUAAUAAUGGACAUGCUGAUCAUGUGAUAUGAUAAUUCUGUUAUAUGAUAACUGUCAUUAUCAAAGGGGCCAUUGUCAGAAAUAUAAGUCUUUUUAGUCUCAGCUAUGUCCAUUAGGCCCAAGAGUAUAAAGGCUCUAUGAAGAGUUUAUGCUUUGCUUGCACAUUCCUCUGUAUGUAUGUGUGUAAGUUCAAACAUCUGGAGAGUUUCUCCCUCUCCCCUUUCUGUUCUUCUUUCUUUUGUUACAUAUAGAAAGUCUUCUAGGAUCCCUAGGUUCUGAGGGUAUUUUCAACGGAUAUUGACCAUAUUCGGAGUUAUUAUAUAAAUGUUAUACAACGUAUAUAUGAUAUGGCAUGAGGUCAUAUAUAAUUCUAUUGGAUAAGACCAGAUAACUCCCCUCGAUAUUUUCAUAUAUAUUUGCAUGUCACAUAUGGGGAGGCUGAGCUAUCUUUUCUGGCUCCCCCAGCGCUGGUGAUUUUGAUUCUGUAUGGUCUGUUCACAACUCAAUAAAAGGACGUGGAGGAAAAGGCA